GGUACCACAAACUGGUUGUUCAUCCUUCCAAGACUCCUUACAAUCAGGCUUAAAUGGACUUAAAGACCUAACUAGAUAAUUAAUUACGUCAUGAAACGAGAUCAUUUUGAUUUCAAUCUUCAGUUGCUCAACCCAACAGCCAUGAUGGCGCUGUCGGCUGUGCUGCUGGCUCAGCUGACCGUUGUGAUCUCUGCAUCCUGUGAGGAGACUUCGCUGCUGGCUGCUAGGGGUGUGAGGACAAUGCAUGCGCCGAAAAAAGCAGUGGUACCCCAUAGCCAUGAGGUGACGGCGCCUCGGUCCACGAGGCUCAAGACGCUCUGCAGCACCGGUCGCCGGGAAACCGGGUGCGUGUCCUCCAGGAGACGGCAGAAGGAUGGCAAGACAUCACUUACCAGGCUGAAGAAGCUACUGGCGACAGUCGGUCGACGUCAGAAGGAGCUUGCAAAGCUUACUGGAGAGCUCGAACAUAUUUUAUCCUCGAAGAAAAGUACAGACGAAGCUGACAGAACUUGGGAGGGGUCCACGAUCAUCAUCAACUCCAGCACAGUCUACGGGAAUGUCAUUGGUGGGAACAGUGACUGGUCGCCCAUCAAGUCUGAGUUCUUGGGGAAUAGAAAGCGGUCUCUCAGUGUUGGCGAUACUCAGUGGAAACACACCGUUUUUAUGCCCAUUGGCAACACCAAGAAGUCUGUCGAUGUCAGUGCGAACGGAACGAAUAUCCGCCACAGGGUCGACACCGAUUUGUUCGACAAGGGAAGUCAUCGCUUAGGAGAGAUUGCAUCCUCUCGGGGGGGAGGCGAUGGAACAGAUCUCAGCGGAGACACUCACGAGUAUUUGGAGGAUUUGGAUGAGGAUUCAAAGGAUGAGAGCAAUGAGGUGUCCACAACUUCUGAGAACGAUUGAGACGGAGUGGACAAAGUUUUGCAAGCUGUGGCUAAAACGGCCGCGUGGCUAAUAAAUCUCACAAUUCCACAUUGAUAUCAAUGAUUUGACAGUCGAAUUCAUCUUCGUUUUAAGAUCGACGUUGCUUGUCACAAAGAGGACGAACACACCGCAUGCAAUCCACAUGUGCUUGCUGGAGCCACACUUCAGGCAAGAAACGACUCAUACAGUGCGCUGUGCAUGGGGCGUUGGGGUGACAGGUGUUUUGUAUGCCCGGG